AUGGCCCUCCCACUUGCUGUUCUCAGCAGUUGGAAGCCAAGGAGCAUCGUGAGUCUGGGCCAGCCAGUGAGCAAAUACACGGCAUUUGAAGAACUUGGGCGAGGGGGUUUUGGCGCUGUUUAUAAGGCCCUUGACACCAGCACAGGACAACAGGUGGCCAUCAAGAUCAUGUCACUCCAAGAGGAGAUGUCCGAGGAGCUGGCUGUCAAUGAAAUCCUGGUCCUGAGGGACAACAGGAAUCCCAAUAUUGUCACCUACUUGGACAGCUACCUGGUGGGUGCGGAGCUCUGGCUGGCCAUGGAGUUCAUGGACGGCGGCACGUUGUUUGAUGUGCUCAGGGCAGUGUACCUGGAGGAAGGACAGAUAGGCGCUGUCUGUCGGGAGGUGAGGGAUCCCGCUUGUGCUUCCCCAGGCCUGCCCUGCACGGUGCUUGUCAACUGCAGGGUAAAGGCAGCAGAGAUUUCUUGCUCUCGGCUUUCUUUUGGUGCUGCUGUCACGACGCAGAGGAGAAGGAAGGGCAUCUGAGGUGAACUGCCUGCCGGUGUCCCCGCACUCCUUCGGCUCUGUUCUUGCACUCUUCCACGCGCUCUGUCCUCUGGCGCUCGUGCUGGCUCCCUGGCUUCGUUUCACUUGUUUCCUCUUCUCAGCUUCGCCUCUGAAAGUCUGCCUGCAGCCUGUCCGUCUUUCCUACAUUCCAUGCCACUGUGAGCAAGCAUGCAGGUGGCAGAAUUUGAAGCUAAGGGCAAAGAGAUGUCCUCAGCUUCCAAGGAUAGCAUUGCAGCCCAGAUGGCAUUGGAUUCUGGAACACAUCUCACGUGCUGCUUCCUCCGCUGCUGCCACUAGGCUUCCACAAAAAUCUUUGCCAUGCCGCCUCCCAGGCCGAGGUGAUGCGCUUCGUACCGAAGGCGGGUGGAACUUGUGGAAGCCCAGAUGCCUUUGCUUUGAAAUGCAGAAAACACUUCUAAGAGCCUUGAAGCAUCAAGCUGUUCUUCUCGACAGCACCACGAUGCUGCGGCCUCGCUCACAAGUCCCUGCGAAAGCUGUCAGUCUCAUCGAAUCCUUUCCUUUCCAGCGGGCUGGAAUCAGAGCCUGGAUGUUAAGUUUCCCUCUCUCCUUUUUCUCUCUCAGUGCCUGCAAGGACUGCAUUUCCUUCACUGCCGCCAAGUCAUCCACAGAGACAUCAAGAGCGGCAACGUUCUCCUGGGCAUGGACGGAGCCGUCAAAUUGGGUGGGUAUUUUUGUUCAGGUGCAGCAUUGCCGGCACGCAGCGCAUGUGGGGCUGCAUUUUGGCGACUGCCACUGGCCCAGAAGCGCUGCUUGGCCAGCGUGUGAAUGGUGAGGGUGUUUCUUCAAGUGGCCAAUGCCUUAUUUCCCUGGCUCCAGCCACGUGGAAGGAGAGCUCAGCUGUGUUUUCAGCUGCAUUCAGCAUGGCCUUGUCAGGCUUGGAGUGGGCAAUCCUUUUGCCUGGCUUGCCAGUGGUAGCUGGCCUUGACAGGCCUUGUUUUUGUCCUCAGCUGACUUUGGCCUCUGCGCUCAGCUCAGCCCUGAGCGCAGCAAGCGCAGCUCCAGCGUCGGCACUCCCAGCUGGAUGGCACCGGAGGUGGUGCGAGGAGAAGCCUACGGCCCCAAAGUGGACAUCUGGUCCCUGGGGAUCAUGGGGCUGGAAAUGGUGGAAGGGGAAGCUCCUUACCAGAGGGAAGCCCGUCUCAGGGUAAGGUGCAGCUUAGAAAGGGGAGAGAGAGCUGCUGUGGCGAGGAAAGGAGCAGCUCGAGUGUCCUCUUCCAUCCGUGUGCUGUAGGUUUUUGAACUGAUAGAAAGGAACGGGCCCCCAAAACUGCAGAACCCCAGGCAGCACUCGGCUCUCCUGCGCGACUUC